AUGCCCUUUACGAAGGCCCAGCAGUGGGCACUGGUGAUUGUUCCCAAGGUCACUGGUUUCAUUUCGCUCGUGUUCAGUGGGUUGGUGAUCUACACGGUCUGCAGCUGCAAGCAGAAACGUUCCAAGACGUACCAUCGCCUUUUGCUGGGAAUUUCCUGUGUCGAUGUAUCGAGUUCCUUUUGGUUGGGUCUCUCCACUUGGCCCAUUCCCAAAGAAACGGGAAUUCUGGGGGCGUCGGGGACGACUGCCUCCUGUACCCUGCAAGGUUUCUUCACGCAGUUUGGGGUGACAUCGUCCUUCUACAAUGCAUCCCUGUCUGUCUUUUAUCUCUUGGUCAUUCGCUAUGGAUGGAAAGACGAUCAAAUCCGCAAGAUCGAGCCCUUCUUGCAUGCCUUCCCACUACUUUGGGGACUUUCCACUUCCAUUGCGGGGUUACCCUUGACCAUUUUCAACAGUGCCAAUUUGUGGUGCUGGAUUGCGCCUUACAAAGACCGAGGAGAAAAUGCCGACUUGUUUCGCUGGAUAUUAUUUUAUGGACCUCUUUGGACCAUGAUUCUUUUGGUGACAAUCAACGUGAUGCUCAUGUUUCACCAUGUCCGCAAACUGGAGAGAGCAGCCGAACAACACACUUUUCGGAGACAGUCUCUUUCCUUUUCCACUACAGUCCAACCCAAUGGAUUUCAAGUCCAAUUUCCGUUGGAUGAUGAUUGUGCUAAGGACUCUGUAGUCGAGGAACAAGGGGAAAGCGAAAGAGAAACUGGGAACAACAAUUAUCAAGGGGAAACAGGGGAAGGGAAACAGGGAGACCUAGAAGCGGUGCCGGAAGCAGUCCAACCUGCAACAAGCCCGUUAAAAUCUUGGGGCGGGGAAGCGAACAUGACAAAUUCUACGUUGGGGUCUUCCAGAAUGGUCAAUUCUACCGUGAGGUCAUCUCGUAGAAAAAGUGGGUUGGCUUUGGCCGUGUCAUUUCGCAACAUAAACAACAGCGGCAAUAUGACUGAGAGUCGUGCAAACAAAAGGAGACGCAGCCGGGAGGUUGCGAAUCAAAGCCUCCGAUACGCUGGAUCGUUCUAUUUUACAUGGAUUGCACUGACGCUUACAAGAUUAUUGCAAGCCAUAAACGGGAACACAUACUUUCCAUUGCUCAUCAUUGCCGCGGCAACUACUCCCCUGCAAGGUCUUCCCAACUUUCUGGUGUACCUCUAUCCCCGCUACAAAAAGGCUAGGAAAGAAAUGCCAAACGCAGGUGUCCUUGAGUGUUUCAAAAGCUCCAUCGCGCCAGCUGCACAGAGUACUGAACGUGGCUCGAGAGAUCCUGCUUGA